AUGGCUGCUUUAAAGCUGGGGCACAGUUUUCCACUUAAAUAUACAGCCUGGUCGUACAGUCAACAACCGAUGCUGAAUCAUUUGGCACUGCAGCAACAAAUCAAUGCAAAUUUCAUCUUACACGCGAUUACCAACUAUAAGAAAUCACCGCUCGAGCGCAAGACUCUGGACUUUAUUGACAAAAAGUGGCUGUGGCGCGAGUUCCGGUAUCGAGACGGGCAAAUACGACGUGACUACAUGAAUGCCAACUGCAAUGGGCAUAUCAACAAACAGCACGAGUACUUUCAGCAGGAGCUGUACGCGCUCAUUCAUGAGAAAUAUAUGGCGGUUCGCAGACGCAUGAGUCGCGACAAAAGGAAUCUGCUCAAGUGCGCAGCUUCCCAGCCAGCUGGGCAGCAUGUUUACCAGGCAGGCCAAACAGCAGCGGAUGUGGCGAAACAACAAAAAGCGAACAGCAAGAGAAAAUAG